GGGGGUCCUUGCUAUAACGCAAACACCGCCGUAAAUUGCACAUAAUUCGAACUCGAAAUAACCGUGGACCACGUGCACUUGAACCUGUUUCUAAUCAGUCUCAUACCAUCAUGUUACUUGUAAAACUAGUCUUUAUACGCUGAAAUGUUUCUUUUCCAAACUGCAUGCAUGACAACCGACAAUAGCUAACUGACGAUAGACAAAUGUGAGCUGACAUUUGCACUCUCGCUAAGACACUCGUGACUCUUGAAGACCGCUAUAUCGAUCGCCAAAUUAAUUUUCGUGCUCCAAGUAGGGUUCAGUUAUCUCUUUAACUUUAGUUCCGGCUGGAAACUGUAAAGCAUGUCUUACUCAACAAAGAGGUCUUACAGGCUAGUGGUUUGUUGCAAGAUUUUUGGAGUGAUGCUGUUCAGCUGUUUAUCUACAGAAGUUGCCAGCCAUACUGUCCAAUGGCCGUCAGGAAAAUAUGGGCUACCAAUGGCUAAGUCGGGCUGUCCUAAGGCCAACGGUUUCUCUUGGCAGACUGGCAACAUUUAUCAGGAUUUAGAGGACGACAAGAGCCUAACUCAAACUUCCUCGAGCUUUCAUCUCAAUGCCACGGUUUUGAGUUCUGGUGAUGUUAGCCGGAGUUUCUGUUUUAAGAUGAACAAGUCUGCUACUGUUGAUAACAGUAGAUUUCGUUGGCCUGCCAGUCAAUACUGCAUUUAUAAGAAAGGAGCCAGCUGCCCUAAACUUCUACAGGAUGGAUGGGUCUUGUGGGACGACGAGAACGGUAAAAAUGGGGCAAACUUAAAUUUCCAGUCCGGCACUGUUCCUGCUGGAAGUUACAAACAAGACACAAAAAUCAACUUUUGUUGUCAAACUUUUGGAUGGGUUAGCGACCCUAUCGAAUUGCCCAUUGAAUCGCCUUUCUAUCUUAUUGCCCACAACAGUAAGGAUUGCCAGGAGGUUCUAAAAACUAUUCACACACUGGAAUACAUUCGUUAUGAUACAGAAAAUGAUAUGAAUCAUGACAAACAGUCUCAUCCUUAUCCAUAUGGUGCGGAUUUGAGCAUACCUUACAUUUACUAUUGCUAUUACCAAGCGUGUAGAUGGACUAAGACGUCAUUAACAGGAUCCUUCUGGAGUCCCAGCUAUCCAAACACGUACAAAGACAAGGCCUGGUGUGAAUGGUACAUUAAUGUUCCGUGGAACUACAUCAUCUCAAUAACUUUUCUCGACUUCCGCCUCGAGAUGAUCGACAUGUGUGUCACCGCCAACUGUGAUUGUGACUACGUGGAGGUUCAAGAGAAUUUUUCAAAUGGCACUUCGGCUAUUGUGGGGAAAUACUGUAUGGGUGUGGCGUAUCCACAUGGUGUUAUUAAAACGAGAAGCAACAAUGUUACCGUCACGUUCCGAUCUGAUUCCACAGUAGGGAGAGCAGGAUUCAAGGCUCGGUAUGACGCCAUUCACGUUACAGCACCGACUAGUCUUGGCAGCACAACAAAGGGGACUCAGGCAACCUCACCGACAGCCGUUUCCGUUGUGAAUCCUGCAACAUUUCCAUUAACUGGUCCAACUAUCGAAGGCACAACUAAUGGCAAUAGCUCAUCUUCUAGUACCUCUAGCAGCGACAGUAAUACAACAGCAGCAGGAUCCACAACAUCGAACAGCAUUACAACGACAGCAGCAACCAAAACAUCGAACCACAUUACAACAACAGCAGCAACCGCAACAACAUCGAACAACACUACAACAACAGCAGCACCUACAACAUCAAACAACACUAUAACAACAGCAGCAACCACAACAUCGAAUAACACAAGUACAACAACAACAGUAACCACAACUACAUCGAACAGCACUACAAAAAAUGCAGCAACUGCAACAUCGAAAGGGAAAAGCACAAACCCAACAACUCUAGCUGGAACCUCAAGCAACAAACCAACCUCUGAAAGACCUCUUGGACAACUGGGGAGGAAACUAGUGCCAGGCCUAGCGAACCCACAGGGGAGCCCUCAACUACACGACCUGCCACUGAACUACACAUUUUACCAACCGGACCGAGCAGUGGAAAAGAGUGGACAACUACCACAACGGCAAAUGAAGAUGGCGUGCAAAGAGUUAGGAAUAAAAAUCCAGGCACUGCAAGCAAUGUUCACGUCAUUGUUGCUGUGA